GAACUUUUGUUCGGCAGCCAUGGAUCACUUGAGGCUCCAACAGGCUUUCGACCGCUAUCUGGACUUGGCCCCGGACGGCAAGAAAACAGUUGCCACCUACAUCUUCGUGGAUCUGAUGAACAAUGUGUGUGCGAAGGCCAGGACGCUGGAUUUCGAACCGAAAUCUCUUGAAGAGUACCCUUUGUGGACUUUCGGUGUCGGCGAUGAUUUGGAGAACAGUGACGCAACGCUCACUCCUGUCGCAGUCUUCAAGGACCCAUUCCUGAGAGGUCGGAGCAAGCUAGUGGUGUGCGAUACUUCCCGGAACGGCAAACCGUUCGGACCGAAUGGGAGAGCUGCGUGUAAAGCGGCGAUCGAUCGAUGCGCAGACAAGAAGAUAAUGUUCGGGAUGGAGCAAGAAUACACUAUUCUGGACCAUGACGGUCAUCCAUACAGAUGGCCGAAGUACGGUCAGCCGAAGAUUCCUGCGGAGACCGCUUAUUAUAUAUGCGGCGUCGGCAUCGACAGAGCUCGCGGGAGAGCCCUUUCAGACGCCCAUUACUUGGCGUGCCUCUACGCCGGGAUCGAAAUCACUGGUACGAACUCGGAAGGCACGCCAUCUCAAUGGGAGUAUCAAAUCGGUCCAUGCGAGGGCGUCUCGAUCGGAGAUCACAUGCUGGCCGCCCGCUACGUUCUCUGGCGCUGCUCUGAAGACUUCGACGUGCUCGUAACCUUCGAUCCGAGACCCAUUGAUGGCCCGUGGACGGGUACCGGAUGCCACGUGAACGUUUCCACGGAAGAGAUGCGCUCUGAAGGCGGAAUGACCCACAUAAUGGAAGCAAUCAAGAAACUUUCGCUGAAAACCGCAGAGCAUCUAGCGGCCUAUGAUCCCAACGGAGGGAAGGACAACCUGCGACGCCUCGAUGCCGCGAUGUUCUGCCCCAACGUCAAAGACUUCAGCUGGGGCGUCGCGAGUCGAAGCGCUGCGAUUCGGAUCCCUCGCCUCGUCAGUGACAAAGGCUGCGGAUACUUCGAGGACCGUCGACCGUCGUCCAACUGUAACCCUUACAUGGUGGCUCACCGGAUGACGGCCACAAUCUGCCUCGACGAAUAAGCGUUUUUCUGUUUCCGACUCGGAAUAACAUAAAUUCUCCCAACAAGUCCUGAAGCAGAACAGGCGGUUGGCACGUCUACGAAGACUGAGACUCCAAAUAAAAUCUCGAAGAUGAUAAAC